AUGGCUACAUUUUGGUGGCCCGAGAUGGAGAAGGAGACCCUGGACUACGUCAAGGCCUGCGUGGAUUGCAAACGAGCAAAACUACAUGGAGGCAAGCAGAAAUACGGCCGCAUUCCACCUACACCAGCGGCCAACAACGACAAGCCUUUUGACGUCGUGCAUGUUGAUCUUGUCGGUCCCUUUGACGGUGAUUACUACUGCGUGACUAUGAUCGAGAGGCAGUUCCGCUGGCUGGAGCUGCUAAUGCAGAAGGGCAAGACGUCGAAGACCACUGCGCUAAGCUUCGAG